CGUUUCACAUUAAAAAUCACACUCUUAAAACUUCUCGCAACGCCCAUCGCCGCCAGUAGCGCCGCCGCCGCCGACCUAGGUUUCGACAACACCGGCGACAUUUUCCAAAAAUGGAGGAGAAAGGCGGCAUAAUGACAAAUCCUAAAACAAUACAAGAACUAGCAGUAGAAGGACAAAGGCAUUUAGAAGACACAAUAGAAGCAGCACAUCAAAUUCUCUCCGCCAUGAACGACGAGCUCUGUAACCCUACACUCUGGUCCACUACUCCAAAUACGGCCGCUACUACUUCUGCUAACGCCGUUAUGAGUAACGGACAGCAGCAGCAUCAUUCUAACGGCGGCGGCGACGUUUUGUCGGAUAAUUCUUCGUCUUCUUCGGCAUCGGCUCAACAACACUUGGAUAUUGGGGGCGGUGCCCUUGAUGGGUCUCGUCUCCGUUAUAAGUCCUCAAUUGCUUGCUUGCGUUCUGUUCUUACGGCUAUUUCUAAUGCUCAGAAGGCAAAAGCAUUGGAAGCUGCUUCUGCUAGUUGUUCACUAUCUGCUGCAGAUCAAGCUGAAAUUGAGCAGCUGGAGGAACGCGCCUCUACGUUAAAAAAGGAACUUGUAGACAAGAACAAACAUCUCAAGCUUCUAAUUGAUCAGCUUCGAGAUCUUCUUUCUGAUCUAUCAACGUGGCAAAGUCCCUGUUCUACAUGACUCUGAUGCUAUAACUUCAAGCAUAUAGUUCAACUCUAAGAAACUGUUUUUUGUUGUACAGAGGUUACUGCUUGAUCGAAAUACUUGGUUAUUGCCAAACACCUGUAAUUCUAUGCAACUUAAUGCUGCUCGCGGGCUGAGAUGUUACAGUAAAAAUAGAGCUUUGGCAAAUAAGCGUGCUACUCCGAUCUUUCUGGUUUUGAUUAUAAAAUGAUUUCUGAUCUUUGCUUAUUUGAACAAUUGGCUACUCAAA